AUGGAGUGGGACCCGCUGAGAGCGCUGGGCGCCGUCACCGCCGCGAGCCUGCUGCUGUGGGCGGCCUGGGCGGUGGGCUGCACGGUCUACGUGUACCUGCUGCCCCAGCUCUCCCGGAGAGGCCUCAACAUCGUCCUCAUCAGCCGAAACCUGAGCAAGCUGGAGCAUGAGGCAAAGGAGAUAGAUGGGGCUGAACGCGGACGGGGUGGCCGAGCUGGGGCUGGUUCCAGCUCAGGCCUGGCUCCCGAUGCCCUGUCCCCAGAGCGGCUCCAUGGCAGGCUCACUCGAAUCAUCCAGGCUGACUUCACCGGGGGCUUGGAGAUCUACGAGGCCAUUAAGACCGGACUGAAGGACCUGGAGAUCGGAGUCCUGGUGAACAACGUGGGCAUGUUAUAUGCUAAUGUCAUGAUGAAGCUGCUGGACUGUGAGAACUUCGAGAAACGACUCUCGGAUGUUAUAAACUGCAACAUCAUGUCUGUGGCCCAGAUGACAGCAAUUGUGCUGCCCCAGAUGGUCUCCAGGAGCAAAGGCAUCAUCAUCAACAUCUCUUCAGUUUCUGACAGUAGACCCUACCCAUUUUUAGCAGCGUACGCAGCUUCUAAGGUACCCAGACCCCACAGACUGGGGCGAGGGCUUGUCUUGCCUGGGAUUCCUGCCAUAGCCCCGAAUACCGUGAGCCCCUUCUUGGUGGAAUCAAACAUGACUGAUAACAUAAAAUACCGGUCCAUGGUACUGAAUGCCCAAGACUUCGCUCGGCAGGCGUUGGACACCCUUGGCCUCGCCUCCCAAACCGCUGGGUGCUUCACACACGCUGUGCAGGGUGCCCUGGUGGCUCUCUUCCUGCCCAAGUGGCUUUGUGUCAGUCGCUGGGGACCAAAGUUUUUAUUUCUGCUGAGCAAUAUCGCAAAGACAGAGCCCUCUGACAAAAAGCCUUGA